ACAUUUCACCGUGUCAAUUCUUUGAUAAUAUUUUUAUGAUAAGUGAUAUUUAUCGAACUGAUAAGCGAUAGUGGCGACCGGACGAAUUGAUUUUUCCGAGAUGACGUGUGGCGUGUGCUCAGUGCUCACUGCCCGUGUUCACUACAUAGAAAAAGAUACGAGAAGUUUGUUAUUCAUUAGCAUUUUGUUAUUUAGUUUUUAUUUUUGAAUACCUACACAAUGGACGAGAUACCUUGUGAUGUAAUCGUUUGCAAAGAUCUGUUGAAUGAAUUUCACCAGGUAUUAUAUUAUGUAAAAUUAUAGUUUGUUAAUUGAGUCAUAUACAAAAGUAGAAAAGUGUAAACACAGAAAUUUUAUUUUUCUUGUUUACAAAUUUAAUAUUUACCUAUUUGAUUAAAAAAAUGUUGUAUUUUGUGUAGGAAUUGCAAAAUAGUGAAACAUCAAAAAUUGACCAAUUUUUAUUGCUGGGGGUCAAAAUUGUUGAGAAAAAUGUACUAAAAAUUUAUAUAUUAAGUUUUGUGGAUUCGUCAUUCGAUGUAAAUGAUAAUUGCCCUCAUAACCUAACCAUCUGUGGUAUAGCAGGAAAAGCGGAGAAAAUUGAAGAUGUGGAGGAUCAUUUGAACAAUGUAGGUAUAAUAAUUCAAAUCAAGAUCUAUUACUAAAAUUGUUGAUUUUAAUUUCAGGAUAAAAUUAAUAAAAAUCAAAUACUUUAUUUUAAUAUAAUCGAUUCACAAGUACAACUUUGGAAGUUAAAAAAAUUUGAUAAUGGCAAUGGCAUUGAAUUUGAAGAACUCAAGUUUCAACUUAAAAAAAAAGAGGAAUUAAGUCAGCACUUGUUAUAUUUUAGAACUUGUAUGAAGUUAGAACUAGAUAGAACAAUGAACAAUCCUGACUCGAUAUACUUUGGAAGUUUGUUGGACAAAAAGGUAUGUUUAUUGAACUAAUUAUGGUAAACAAAGUUGGUAAUUAUGAUUAACAAAGUAAUGAUGAAAUAGUAUAUUAUUAACUAUUAAGUUAUUUAUAGCUGAUUAAAUUAAUAAUUAAUAUUUUGUUUUUUAUAAAUAAUAUUCAAAUUAUUCAUAUUUUACUUUUUAUUCACACUUCAUCCUUAUGAUGAAAUAUGUGAAACUCAAAUUCCCUGCCUGGUUUAUAUUAAAACUUAAAUAAAUUGUUCUCUUUAAAAGAUCACAUUCUCUUCAAAUAGUUCUAUAACCCACAUCAUUAUUAUACCCAGUUCCUUAAGUGCUGUGCCUAAUAUAAAUUUGAGUCUAAAAGUGUCUUAAGAACUAUUAUCUGUACAAAGGCUGGAAUAAAAAAUAAUCAUAGCUCUUUUUUAAAUUUGUUUGUAACCUCAGGUCUAGAAGUAGUAUACCUAACACUGUUCACAUAGAUGAAUUUUAGAGUUUUGACCCAUAAGACAUUUCUAACGUGUUUUCUGAGUUCUUUAACUCAGUUUAUACUAUUUCCACAUUCAACAGUAAUGCUAAUCUUCAUUUGUUUUAUAACCUACCCAAUAAUUGAUUUUUCAGUAUUGCCGAUAUAGAGUCUGGUCUUGAUAAGUUAUGAAAUGUGAAUUUUACAGGGCCUGAUGGGCUUCUGGGAACCUUCUUUAUUAACCUUAGGUAUUUUCUUUUCAUCUUCCUAUAGCUAAACUUUAGGCGUUCAUUAGAUGAAUGGUAUUUCUAUCUAUCUGGAAGCUUAGUUCCAUCACCCACAUUUUCAAAUCUGGUGAUAAAUCUUGUGCAAGGAAUUACAGACUAAUUUAUAUCUUAGGCCAUCUUGCUAAACUUUCAAGAAUACUAUUAUGCUUUCUUAAAACUAUUAUGCCUUCAGUUCACCCAUAUUUUGUCGAUGAACAGUACAUUUUCAGGCCAGAGCGCUUAGCUGUGAUGAACUUGUUGGUUCUCAAUAAUUUUAUCCUCUAAGCUUUUGAAAGUAAGGGCCAGGUUUAUGUUAUAUUCACAGACUUUGAAAAAGCCAACAUUCUAUUUCAAGGUCUUAACAAGACUGAGUUUGGUGAUCCGCUAUUGAUUCAUACCUAUCUGGUAGGCAUGAAUAGGUGAAAAUUAACGAAUGCAAAUCUGAUGUUUCUUCUAUUCCAUCAGGUAUUCUUGAAGUAGGUCACCUGUCACCUUUACAAUUUGCCCCAUUUAUUAAUAUUAUCAAGCAAAUUAUCACUAAUUGCAAUAUCCUAGCCUUCGCAAACAACCUAUAAAAUUCCCAUUUAAUUAGGUACCAUUCUGACUGUCCUGUUGCAAGGUUAACUUAACACCUUGGUUAGUUUGUUUGAUUCUAUUGGUUUUAACUUGAACGUGAAUAAAUCUAUCAGUCCAUGUUCUUCUCCAGAACUCGUACUUCAAUUAGUCACUUCUACUUGAUUAACAACAUAUCAAUCAACUUACAUCAAUCAGUUGUAAAAAAUACUUUGGAGUUGAGAAUGAUAUGAAGACAGCCAGUUUAUGUGAAGUGGGAGAUCAGGUCAGGUGGAAGUUUAGAACGAGGAUAGCCGACCCCAAAUAGUUGAGAAGAAGAAGUAUUUAUAAUAGUUUGAGUAUUGACUUUUUAAGUGGUACAAUUUGAUAAUAUCUUUUUCCUUUCCUUGGAACUUUCAAAACAUUUUGAAGUAAUAUAAUAAAGUAUUUAAUUUAAUUUACCUAUUGGUUCUUACAGCAAUUUAACAUUCAUAAAAUUAUACAAUUAUAUUUUUGAUUUGUUCUUAGAUAGGAAUAAAUCCACUUUUUUUUAUUGAAGAAUGCAAACAGUAUUUGAGUAAAUUAGAGGAACACAAAAUUAUUGGUGAAUUAAUCACAAAAACACUUAAAACAAAGGAGUUAGAUUUGGAAGUUUUAAAUAUAACUGUGUAUCAAAAUUUAUCAGCUGCACCAACUGAAGAAACAGAUACAUCCGAUUCUCCUAUAAUUUACCAAGAAAAUGGUAAAUUACAUUUUAAUGUUGUACCAAUACAAAUUUUGUAUUUAUUUGUUUAUUUUUUAGUGCCAUUUGAUGAAGAACUUCUAUGUUGUCAAUUAGAUGCUUUAUGUAUAGUUCCUAAGGGAGCCACAUAUGCUCAAGCAUACCAUCUGAUUUAUAAUAGUAUUAUGAAAAAUGUUAAAAUAAUACAGUCAUUUAUGAUUUCAAGUCCCAAGGAUCUGCCUACUGUUCAUCAUUUUUUACCCGAUAAAUUAUGCCAUUUUGUCACAAUUGUUUGUUCACACAAUCAAAUUGAUUCAUAUAGUAUGUAUAUUAUAUAUUAACAAUAAUAUGUCCCCUGUAAUAUUUAUUGGACAUUUCUUCAUGUUGUGUGUUAUCUAGUGAUUAAUUAUUAGUUUCAUUCACAUAAUCAAUUAUGUUUGUUCAAUAAAUUUACUUCAAUUUUUUACUUACCUAGUUGAUAUUAGUUAUUAUAGGUUUUUUUUUGAUAAAAAUUCAUUAAUCAGCUAUCUAUCUAUUAGUAAUUUUUCUUUUUGUACAUACUUUUCAAAGAUAUCUGUAUCAACACUGAAGUUUGAUCCUCAUUUGUAAUUUAUUUGUUGUUAUGUAUUUUACAGUUAUACUUACUUAACUAAAGUAUCAAACUUAGGUUUUUUAGUCCAUGCAAAUAAAUAACGAGUGUUUUCAUACAGUUUUAUAAUAUGUAAAACCCAAAGUCCAAAAAUACUUUGAAAAUAUUUACUUUAUAAUAACUUAUUAUUUUGUGGAUUUUUGUUUUUAUGUGCUAUUAUAGUGCAUAGAAAAUCAUUUUUAGUAAAUAACAUAUGCCACUUAUUAAUAAAUUGUAGAUGCUUAUCUAUUGAUGGAGUGCAUAUACAAAUAUUGAUAUAAUAAAAUAGCUAAUGUCUUAUGAACUUUUUUCGCAGGCAAUGUAAGAAAAAAAUUACAUAAUGCUUUUUAUUUGCCUAUGGAUAGACCUUUGUUCCGUAUAACAAAUGCCUAUGAAUUUGAUGGUAAGCCUGUUGAGAAUGAUGAUGGAAUUUUAACAAAUGUACAUGAAGGAUUGGCUCCUUCUGGAAGUAAGUUAUAGAAAAAAAUAAUUUUGUUUCUUGUAAAAUUAUAGUGUUAGGUAUAUAUUACUUGAAAAAUAUGUACGUUUAGGCAGCAACAUUUCAUUAAGCUUGGAAAGAGAGAAGGAACUACAAGACAUGCUCAAAAUAAUGGAUAAUUUGUUAAUUAGGGAUUAUGACAUACAUAUUAAUAGAAAUAUAUCAAAGGUAAUAAAACAUAAAAUAGUAGACAAAGCUUUUUAAUAAAGACAUGCCAAUAAAAAUUGAUGCAGAAUUAUUUUGUCAAUAUAAUGAUUAUAUUUAUUCAGAAGUUCAAUGUGAGCAUAGUAAAUUUGUUAACGAGGAAAUUAACAUUAAAAAAAACAUUGAGUCAUAUUUUAAAGAAUACCAAUGUGCGAAAGUAGGAUUAAAAUAUUAAUUGUAUUUUAUAGUUUUUUUUUUUUUGCAAACAAAAGAAUUGUUUGCAUAUUUUAAUGUUCUUAAAAAUAAAGGAUAUAUACAUAAAAUAAAAUAAAUUGGUAUUAAAUACAAAGAAAAAUGUGUACCUUAAUAAAUUAUAAUUGUUUAAUACUGGUUUAAAAAAAAAAAUAAUGAUGGAAAUGUUAGCUUAUAAGAUUCAAAAUAAUUUUUAUAAAUAUUGAGAUUGACUCAUAAAAUGUAUAUUUAUAGUAAAAAACGGAAGAAUAUCAUUAGUUCAAGGUACAUAUUCAUUUUAUCAUUAUGGCCAAGGUGGUUUUAAUGAUCAUCAGUGGGGUUGUGCUUACAGAUCUUUACAAACAUUAUAUUCCUGGUUCAAGUAUGUAUAAAAAAAUUUGUAUAGUUAUUAUUGAAAAAUAUCUUAAAUAAAAAUGAUAUAAACAUAAUAUUGUUUAAUAUGUUGUAAUAUGUUUGUUAUCAUACAAUUUUAUCAUAGAUUGUAAUUAUUUUGCCUUAAUGCAUAUGUGUUAUGCAGUAUUAAUUAUUUAAUUCAUUUUUGAUCAAGUAGUUUUAUUUAAAUAUCAUUUUUAAAAUGUCUAUCUUAAAAUAAAUUAUUUAAAUUUUAAAAACUUCUGAGGUAUUUUGUUUGUUUCAUGGCUAAAUUGUAUUUUAUAUAAUAAAUGUUUUACAGGUGGCAAGGAUGGACCAGUAAACCUGUACCUUCUAUACCCAACAUCCAGCAAAUUUUAGUUGAUUUGGGUGACAAAAAUAAAGAUUUUGUUGGUUCCAACAAAUGGAUUGGUUCAAUGGAAGUUUCUUUUGUAUUAAAUGCACAUUUAGAUGUUACAUGUCGUAUAAUGUCAUUAAGACAAGGUGACACACUAAAUUCAGUGUGUCUUGAAUUGGCUGAACAUUUUGAUAGACAUGGCACUCCUGUUAUGAUAGGUAUAAUACAUUUGUAUUAUUAUUUAAUUUUGUCAUAUAAUUUGUAUGAAUGUUUUAGGUGGCGGAGUACUUGCUCAUACAAUAUUAGGCGUUGAUGUCAAUGAAGACACCGGCUCAGUUAAGUUUUUGGUUUUGGAUCCUCACUAUACUGGUGCUGACAGUAUAAAAAGUAUUCAUGGUAAAGGUGUUUGUUGGAAGGAUGCAUCAUUUUGGAAAAAAGAUGUGUUUUAUAAUCUUUGUUUGCCAUUAAAUUUUAGUGGAAUAUAAUAUUUUAUAAUUUAUUAAAAAUUCUUUGUAUUAACAUUUUUAUUUUCAUUUUAAAAUUGUUAAAAUGUGUAAGUAAUAAUUACAACUAUUUAGUGAAUUUAAAUCUAAUCAAUUUAACUGAUAUUUAAUACCAUGUUUUAAAAUAAUUAAAACAGUUCAUAAAUAAAUAGACGAUUAUUAAAAAUAAAUAUUAACAACACUUUAAUACCUACUUUCAUUAUUUAAUAAAUCAGUUAAUAACAUUGAUCUGAACAUUUUGUUGAUUAAUUAGCUAAAUAAUUGAAAAAUAAUUAAAUUUAUAUUUUUGAUUUAUUACAAGUAGAACAAGUGAACUAUAAUUUAAUAAAUUAAGGAUCCUAUGAAUAAUAUAUUAAGAUAUCUUAUGUCCUUAUAAUCCUAAUUAUGUAUAUUUUUCUAUCAUACUUUUAAGAGUAAUAAAUAUGCUCAAAACUAUAAUAUAACCAUAUAAAUAACUAAUUGACCAUAGAUGGAAAUUUGUAUUAGUCGUUUUUAGGACUUCUUAACAAAUUUAUCUUUUUUAUCAUUUGAUUAAUUUGCUGCAAUUUUGCAUGAUUUCUUUUUGUAACUUAAUUCUAUGUAACUAUCCUUAUCCAUAUCUAUCAUGAUUUAUUUGAUGUAUCCAUCCUUGGUUUUCUCUCCCAAUAUGACCUAUGCUAUUGGUUCCUGG